UUAAAAACUCCUAUAAAAGGGAUAGACCCCAGUUGAAGUCUCAUCAAAAUGUUCUCGUUGCUGGUUGUUUUAGUUGUUUUUUCGAUUGUUGUUGUCAGUUACCCGAGUCCCACAGCAGAGCUACUUGCACUCAAUCGUGCCCUCGGCAUGGAACUAAACGUUUUUAUUAACUUUGAGGAAUACGGGGAAUCAGAGACUCUGCAGGCAUUACAUACGCCACGGAUACAACUUGAGAUAAAGUCCAAUGCAUCCGUCUAUCGACUGACUGGAGACAUUACCGAGAGAUCUCUUGUCGUGGUCUAUCUGGGGCAGUCUCUACUGGAUUCUUCGGUGGCUGAGCUCCUGCCGCAACUACUGGAUGAACUUCAUCAGCUUCAAAUCGCGUUCGUGUGCCGAGAGGACCCCACCUCAUGGCAGCAGGACCUCUUCACCUACUGCUAUCAGAAAGGCUUUCUCCACGUCAUCCUGAUUCACCAGAACUCGUUCUACACCUAUCAGCCAUAUCCCUCGAUCCAAGCUAUUAAACUAUCCAAUCUCUCAGAAUAUCUGACAAGGGAGCGGGCGACACCAAAUUUUCGCGGCUUUCCUAUACGCACAAUUAGCACAAUGGCACCGCGCGACUUUAAGUAUAUCGACAACAAUAAUCAACUAGUGCGGACAGGGUACCUGUUCAACGCACUCAAGGAGUUCACGGUACGUUACAAUGCCACUCUUGUUGACGUGCCGCUACCAGAUGCGGAUGUUAUUGGCCAAUACAAGGCCGUUUUUGACAUGCUGCUUUCAAAGAAGAUCGACAUCGUGAGCUAUCCGAAGGACCUACAAUGGCCUGUGCAGUCCACGGUUCCGCUUGCGAUUAUGAACGAAUACUUUGUGGUGCCACAUGCCCCACCCAUCGCCAAAUAUCUGUACCUUGCUAAGCCCUUCGGUUGGACCCUCUGGCUGAUCCUGGUGGCCACAGUGUUUUAUGCUACGAUCAUGCUCUUCGUCGUCCGUUCGGCACGGGAACGCCCCCAAAUUGGAGUCUGCUUUCUGCGCAGCCUGAGUCAUUUCCUCUACAUCGCAAACGAAGAGACGCCGAUCUCUGCGUGGCAGGACUUGCUGAUCUAUUUAAUACUAACGCUAUGUGGAUUCAUUUUGACCAACGUCUACCUGGCGAUGCUCUCGAGCAUGCUAACUUCCGGACUGUACGAACCCCAGUACAACACACUGGAAAGCCUAGCGAAGGCGCCCUAUCCAGCUCUUCACGAUGAUUUCUACUUAAAUACAUUUGCGACGAAAUCAUUUCUGCCCGAGACUGUCCUAAGGAACAGUAUUUCCAUGAAUCUCUCCAUGCUGGAUAAGUUGCGCAAUGGCCUUGAUAGCCGCUACAUGUAUUGUCUCUAUGAGGAUCGUAUGGAGCUGCUCCUACGGCAACAGUACCUACUGAAGACCCCUCGAUUUAAGGUUAUAAGGCAGAGCAUUGGCAUUGCCCUAGAAUCAUAUUUGGUGUCGAAUAGUUUGCCUUAUCUGAGAAUGUUCAACGAAUACACGAAGAGAAUCGUGGAGCAUGGCAUCCUGCCCAAGAUGAAGUCGGACACCUGGAGACAUAUGAUUGAGGCUCGAAUUUUCACUCUAAUGCGGGACGAGGAGUCCUCGGCCAAGGCCUAUGACAUGGAGUUUUAUUUCAUUGCCUUUUUCCAGUGGGCGGGUGGCUUGGCAUUCUCAAUGCUGGUCCUUGUAUUGGAGUUGGUCAAGCAGCGCUAUGACAAUAGGUCCUAAUUGGUAUUAUGCUUGCAAUUAAACAAUUGUCAUUAGUUUUGGCCUGACAUCAUUUGCCCUGAAUGCCCUGAAUCACCACGAAUGUGCGAGUAUUGUCUUAUUUAAUUACACACUUCAAACUUUGUUUUUACACGCUUACAAGUAGUUAUAUGCCAUCUAAAUAUUAAUCUUGGGCAGUUCUGGACAUCUGGAUGUACAAUUGUAUGUAACGAAACCAAAAGCAAACCGGCGGCGUUUGUGUGUAUUGUUCAGUAUAAAUCUAAUAACAACAACGACUAAU